UUCCAGCUUCAGAACUUCGCAAUUGUACUAAAAAAAGCAGAACUUCACGAUUCACGAGAGAGAGGGGGAGGGGAAUCACUGCCAGUGGAAAGCGGAAGUAGCAGCAGAAGAGAAGCAAGAACUAGCAAGAGAGCGCGCGAGAGAGAGAGAAAGCCGAGGGACUUUUCGUUGGAUUGGAUCCUUCGCUUUUGCGGAGGAGAAAGGAGAAGGAGAAGAAGGCCCCCUUCUCUCUCCUCUCCGUUCUUGCAGAGAGCAGCAGGGGAGGAGGAGGAGAUGUUCCCGCCUGGCCUGAUCCACCACCGCCCGGACGGCCCCGCGCCCGGCGACGCGGCGCCGCGCUCCGUCCCUGGCGCCGGCGCGGGUGGGCCGAACCUGGUGCUGACGGCGGAUCCCAAGCCCCGCCUGCGGUGGACGGCUGACCUCCACGAGCGCUUCGUUGACGCCGUCGCCCAGCUCGGCGGGCCGGAGAAAGCAACACCAAAAACUAUCUUGAGGACAAUGGGUGUCAAGGGGCUUACACUUUUCCACUUGAAGAGCCAUCUUCAGAAAUACAGAUUGGGGAAACAAUCUGGUAAAGAGGGGUCAGAGCAAUCUAAAGAUGCAUCCUAUCUUCUAGAUGCCCAAAGUGGAAUGAGUGUGUCCCCUAGAGUUCCUGCCCAGGAUGUGAAAGAAAGUCAAGAAGUCAAAGAAGCACUGAGGGCACAGAUGGAAGUGCAACGGAGACUGCAUGAACAAGUGGAGGUCCAGAAGCGUGUGCAGAUCAGAAUGGAAGCGCUUCAGAAGUACAUUGACACUAUUCUAGAGAACGCAUGCAAGUUGGUCACUGAGCAGUUCGCCUCAACUGGCUUCAGCGUCUCCGACCCUGAUCUCCUGGAGCUAUCCCCCGGUGGUGUCAUGUGUGGCCCCACGGACACGUUGAGCUCCUCCGUCUUCAACCAGCUCUCCGUCAGCUCGAUCGACUCACACAGUCCAGGAGGCAAACCUUCUCCCUCGGGCAUCGAAGGCCCACCACUGCUACUCCACAAGUCGCCUGAGUUCAAACGGAGGUCCUCUUGAGCUGUGUCGUCGACUAAGUCUGAGCGUAGUACUUUGUUCCUUGUCUACGGUAGGAAUGUCGAAUGUUGUAGUGACAAAGGAAAUGGUCAGCCAAUCUUGUAGUAGCUGACUUGUUCUCUUGCUAGUGCCUACCAAGUAGCAGGGUUCGCUCCAUCGUUUGAUCAAUCAAAACAAACCUAUGUUUAUAUGAACUGAUGUGCAAGAUCAAAUGCCUUUCUUGAUAUGGUACUUUUUGUCAUGGGAUUGUGGUUCUA